ACACUUAACUUCCUCAACAUCUUCUUUCACACACCGACUCUCUUUCCCAAUGACUUCCAAUUGUUUCCACCGCCUUCUACUACUUUCAUCUACUUUUCCCACCCGCUCAUUCGAAAAGUUGUCACCUUUGUCAUCAAAGUAAGGACGCAAAGGGACUGCGGUUCUUGAUUCCUCUGUGUUGUGUGUUAACGGGAACGAAAAAAAGGGGAGGGCGGCCGCCGAUGCACCACCGGAGAAAUCAGCGCCAUAGCCGGAGACUACCGGAAAAAACUUUUAUCGACAACUGGAAGACACGUGUAGAAAGCUUGUUCGAUUUUCAGAUAGAUGAAGUUCGCAUAGACUGCAAUAGAUGGACUGAAACCCCAAUACUGGCACGGUUGCUUGGUACCACCACCCAACAGCGUUGCAUCGGAUCAAUUAUAGCAGGUAAAGAAAAAAAAGUUGUUUAUGAGGGAAGUUCGGUCUUUGUAUAUCUUUUCACUACCACCAGACAGUGUAAGACCUUCAAUCAGUGGCAGGUGAUGCUCUGA